GACACUUUCGGGAUAACAAAACUUUUCACGUAAUUGGUUUAUUCUGUUUUCGUGGAAAAAUGGACACGGUUUCGAGUGAUUUGUAACAAUGUGGCUAGUGGAACUGUUUAGCCAAUGAAAUGAGAUGAUUUAGAGUGGUUGUUCGGUUGGUGUCGAUCGGUGUCAGGCCAUAUUCUUACAUUCCCCAAGCUACCCGAAAAGUGCACUAGUGUAGAGGAAAAGAAAAAUAAUCAAUUCUGUUGUUAGUUCCAUUAAUAAAGUUGUAGUUUAACCCAGAAAAACGUUUUUAAUCAUCCGGUUGGAAUGAUGUGUCGAUUCGUAAUCUUUUUAAACAAACAACCAGAAUAGAUCGCCGGAGCACGGUGCUUGACGAUGUGUAUAUCGAUUUUUGUUGCGUGAGAAUAAACAAAGCACAGAACAGGAGUGAAAUUUUACUCCUGCCGGAUAGCAGUCAGUGAUAAAAUAUGUAUUGAAAACCACUCACAAAGAUAGAACCGGAUUAUAAAGAUUGGAAAAAGUUUCCCCACUUGCUUUGCAUCAAACGGAACCCUUUUUUGGGUUAAAGGAACAGGAAAAACUACAUUUGUUUUUAAGUAGUAUGUGAUAAUACAAAACACCAGAAAGCGAACACAAAAAGGGUCGGAUCCAAUGAGUCUUGUGAUGUCAGUUCAGAUGACCCGAUACAAGCAGGCACAGUUUGCCGAUGAGGAUAGCAGUAGCAUUGGCUCAGUCCAGAUCACAGAAACCAGACACAGUCCGACGAGGCACAUUCGUUAUCACACAGCCAGGGGGACUGCACUGUGGAAUGCCCGGAGCAGACUGGAGAAGGUGCUCCUCCUGUUGGUGCUGAUAUCGGUUGUGACGAUUGUCGUACUGAUCAGCAUACUGGCAACCGAGAGCACCAGGAUACUGCACGUGCAGCCUCACGUGGACUCCAACAUAUACAAAGAUGGAUCCUCCCUAGACGGUGACGGUACACUGCCAUGCUUGAACAAGCACUGCAUUUUCGCAGCCAGCGAGAUCCUCCACUCAAUUGAUGCCUCGGUAGAACCGUGUGACGAUUUCUACGCAUACUCGUGCAACCAAUGGAUCAAAAACAACCCUAUCCCGGAUGGUAAGUCCAUGUGGGGAACGUUCGGUAAGUUGGAGCAACAGAAUCAGUUGGUCGUCAAGAACGUUCUUGAGCGGCCGGAAGCGGAGUUCAAAUCCAAGUCAGAAAAGAAGGCCAAGCUGUACUACCAGUCCUGUAUGGAUGAGGACGAAACCAUGGAAAAGUUGGGGGCAGAACCACUUUUGAAACUGUUGAAAAAUAUCGGGGGUUGGAACAUAACGGCUAAUGCAACUGGGUUCGACGUGAAAAAAUGGUCCUUGCAAAAGUCGCUUCAGGUAUUGCAGAUAAAGUACAACAUGGGUGGGCUGUUUGGGUGGGCCGUUGGAGAGGACGAUCGUAACUCUAGUAAACAUAUCAUACAGAUUGACCAAGGUGGCUUGACGUUGCCCUCACGUGACAACUAUUUGAACAAGACGGCAAACGCAAAGAUUCUAACGGCCUAUCUGGACUACAUGACAAAGGUGUCGGUUCUUUUGGGAGCCAAUGAAGCUGAUGCCCGGCGACAGAUGACGGAUGUUAUCGAUUUCGAAACCAUGCUGGCAAAUAUCACAACACCGCAGGACAUGCGGCGGGACGAGGAGGAAAUGUACCACCUGAUGCCAAUUACAACGCUGCAGGAGAAAGCACCCUUCAUCGCAUGGCGUGAUCACUUUGACGAGGCAUUCCGGCUGGUAAAGCGAAAGAUUUCCGAAAAGGAAAAUGUAGUCGUCUAUGCUCCGGAAUAUCUGGAGAAAUUGAAUGCUCUAGUUGUGGAAUACAAUUCAACUGAUGAUAAAAAGAUCAUACUGAACAAUUAUUUAGUAUGGCAAACGGUUCGCACUCUGACUUCUUGCUUAUCGAAAGCAUUUCGUGAUGCAUAUAAAGGUCUUCGGAAGGCGCUGAUCGGAUCCGAUGGAGGCGAAGAACCUUGGAGGUAUUGUGUGAGUGAUACUACCAAUGUGCUCGGAUUUGCUAUCGGGGCCAUGUUUGUUCGAGAAGUGUUUCAUGGUGAAUCGAAGAGCAGGGCGGAGGAAAUGAUCAACGAAGUCCGAACGGCGUUCAAAGAUAAUCUUAAGAAUCUCGCUUGGAUGGACAAUGAAACCAGAAAGCUGGCAAACGAGAAGGCUGAUAAAAUUUCUGACAUGAUAGGAUUUCCGGACUACAUUUUGAAUCCGGUAGAGUUGGACAAAAAAUACCAAGAUUUGAAUAUAGAUCCAAAGGCAUAUUUUGACAACAAUAUAAAUUUUAAUAUAUAUAGCUUGAAGAAAAAUUUGGAGAAACUAGAUCAACCGGUUGACAAAAGUCGUUGGGGUAUGACUCCUCCUACUGUGAAUGCUUAUUACACUCCCACCAAGAAUCAGAUAGUUUUCCCUGCAGGGAUUUUGCAACUUCCUUUCUUUGGAAUGCAGAAUCCAAAGAGCUUAAAUUACGGAGGUAUGGGUGUGGUGAUGGGUCAUGAGCUAACCCAUGCAUUUGAUGACCAAGGUAGAGAGUACGAUAAAUUCGGAAACCUCCAUCAGUGGUGGAAUAACAAAACUAUCGAUACAUUUAAGAAGCAGACGGAAUGUUUCAAUAAACAAUACAGCUCCUAUAAAGUGAACGGAAAGAGUCUGAACGGGAAGCAAACUAUGGGAGAGAACAUUGCAGAUAAUGGUGGAUUAAAGGCCGCUUUCCAUGCUUACAUUAAGAAUGAGAAAUUCAGCACCUCGGACACCGAUACCCUACCCCUUCCAGGGUUGAACCUAACUCAUCGUCAGCUAUUCUUCGUCUCAUUUGCCCAAGUUUGGUGCUCGACUGUUACCGACGAAACGACCACACUGCAGAUAGAGAAGGAUCCACACUCUCCUCCGAUGUAUCGGGUGAUUGGGUCAUUGUCGAAUCUGAAAGAAUUUUCCGAUACUUUCACAUGUCGACCGGGCUCCAGAAUGAAUCCAACAAGCAAGUGCGAGGUAUGGUAAAAGACUGUUAGGAAGGUAUGUUGAAUGUAUGUUCAAGAAGAAAGCUCAAAGCUGAUACAAAGUUUUGGAGUGCAGAGCAUGAUGUCGCUAUGUGGGUCUUGUUUAACACUAUCAUAAAUUCAAUUAUUUAUUACCUCAUUCCAAUAGGAAACAUACUUUUUAUCCUAGAUAUUCCAAAAUGAAAAUGGCCCUGGAAAGUCGAUCAUUAGCUCAAAAUCCUGCUGCUGGUAGUGUAGAUUUUCAGUUUUCUUUUUCAGUAAAGACUCUGUUCCCUAGUCAGCCAUUGUAACAAAAUGAAAUAAUAAAAAAUGAUUAUGAUUUUUUUAAUUCAAAUAUCAAUGAAUCAAAAAAGCGAUGCCAAAACAAAAACCUUGAGAAAUAAUGUAGAAAAGAAUUUUACUCUCUGUCCUAAUGUAUUACCGAUCUAGAAAAUAAAGUGAAUAUUGUGCUAUUUGAAAAAAAUAAACUUAUAAGUGUAAAAAUUGCAAAGUUAUUGAAUGUGAUUAACUAAACAAACAACCAACUGAUAUGAUUAAAUGAUGGAGCAAAGAGUAAAGUGCAGACCAUUUGUUCGUAUAUCAGCAGUUAAGUAUAUUAGGUGACCAAAAAGAACACGAAAAUAAAAUUUUCUGUAACCGUCAGGAUUUUAUGUCAACGGCUUUCGUUUCCAAAACAGUGUACUAUUGCGUUCCUUAUAAAAAAACUUAGGUGAUAAGCUUUGAUGAUGUGUACUUUUAUAAUUUCUUAUUUAUUUGACCACAGAAAUAGAAAGCACAAUUCCACACAACUUGAGAAUGAAUAAAACAAUUAAAUUGAUAC